AUGCCAAAGUCUUCCAGGGCAUCCCAGGAGCUUCUUCGCGCGAAACGUAAGAGCAAGCGUUGUGCCAGUCUCACGGCGCUUAUCCGGCGCCUGAACCCAGACGUCGAUAUUGAAGAUGCACUGAGGACGACGAAUAUCCCAUCUGGGAGCGUCCAACUCAGGGAUUUUCAUCGAAAUAUAGGGAUCCCAGCAUCGAUAGAUGAAUUUGAAUGGAGCGAAGCUUCAAUAACGUCCCCCGCUGGAGCUCGAAAAGCAACCCUGGACGGCAUGGCAUCCUUGCCCACAGCAAAUACCGAAGCCGGCUUCCUCGUCGAUACGUAUUUCAUGUGCUAUAACACGUCGUACCCGAUCUUACAUGAGCAUACAUUUCGACAAAAGUAUCAAGACCGUCAUCAGAUUCAAUCACGGUCUAGCUGGCAUACGAUUUUCUAUAUUGUCUUUGCCAUUGGGAAUUGGAUCCGAGGAGGCACCUCUGAGUCCAAGCAAUGCGUUUACUACUCUGCAGCAAGGUCAUGUAUGUCCAUGCAAAUGUUGGAGUCCGGUACGCUCCUCACAGUUCAAGUUUUCUUGCUAAUGGGUAACUAUCUUCAAAAGCAAGACCGCCCGAAUACAGGGUACAAUUUUAUUGGGAUAGCAUACCGGAUGGCUCUUGGACUGGGGCUUCAUCGCGAAGUGCCAGCUGGAACGAAGCGUGACUCAUUGAUCCACGAGCGAAGAAGAGUCAUCUGGUGGAUUGUCUACUGUUUUGAUAGUGGCUUUAGCCUCACUACCGUCAUGCACGCUGAAUUCGAUAUUACCCUCGUCAACGGAUCGUCCAACAACGUACUCUGCUAUCAUUGCACAAGCACAACUAGCUUCCAUUGGGAAUUUGUAUACCGCAGCGUCAUUUCUGCACCUAAAGGAGUGUCUCUCGAUCUGAAGGCAUCUCGCUCGCUUGAUCAUCAGCUCAAGACAUGGAAGCUUUCUUUGCCUCUCUAUUUCACGGCUCGAGACAUUCCAGACUGGUUCCGUGGACCUCGGGCAGUCAUCAUAUGGAAAGAGCUCAAUCUACGAAUGAUGCUAUGGUGGGGUAGCUACCGUCUGUGUAAUUUAGCAUCAGAUGCCGAAGACGCGCAGAGUAUGUGCCACUAUAUUGCCAUUGAAACUAUUCAAGAUAUCACGACUUUUUGUUUGGAUUAUCCGGACAACAUCCAUGCUGGGCUAAGCUGGUAUGCCACAUAUUUCUUGUUUCAGGCGACGGUUGUUCUGAGCAUUCAUUAUUUGAAACCGCAUUAUAUGUCGGGUAGCAAUUUUGAGGCUGUGAACAAGGAGCUCUGGAUACUAUCUACGUCAAGAGCUCGCAACUGUCUUGCCAACUUAAGUAGGGGCAAUGAAGCUGCUACGCGAUGCCUAGCAGUGCUAGAUCGCAUCAGGGAUCAGUCGCAACAAUCACACGAGUCCACCUCGACUCCUUCAGUGGCGAUGCCUGCCGCCAACUUCAACCUCGAUAACCUUCAUACACAACAUGAUCUUGAAAAUGACGACAUGCAUCCAACAUCGUUCGAGAUUGACCCUUCUUUGCAGAUCCUCUUUCGAGAUACGUCAUGGAACGGUGAUCUUUUUGAAGGUCUUGAAGGAUUUCCCAUCAUAGCCGAACCGGAAGUCUUUGAUUAUAUGCCAUCGAAUGGCCUACUUGCAGAUACUCCUCAUGAAUAG